AAAGCUUAUAGUAUCAUUCUGUUAUAGUUUCCACUGGACAUCCACGCGGACUCCUGAAGACGCACCACUCGCCUUUGCUGGCUCUGAGUCUGCGAUAAUCUUUACCAACACACUCGUUAUUACCUCUGCGGAGAGGAAUCAACACAGUCAUGCCGCAGAAAGCCGCUCAGCAAGCUGGUAUGCCCGAAGGGCGCGGAGUUAGGUACGACGAGAUCGAUAUGGCGCUCUUCCGCGCCAAGCUCUCCUACCAUGCGACGGCCGAAGAGCGCAUGGCGUCGCGAGAUCCCAAUCUCGUCUCUAUCUCAGAACAUCAAGCGCGACUGUUGAGGCUCUGGGAGAUGCACCAGCACUCGAGGGAGGAAAAGAACGGCGGUAACAUGACACCGGCCGAGAGGAACCAGCUGGCGCAGUUUCAAUGGCGAUACAAACGAUUGGAGGACCUCGCCACGCAGGGCACGAGGUAGUAGCCAGGGACGACGGCAGCAUCAACAUGAGAGUUAUUUGGAAGAGCGGCAUCAUGGGGCGUUUCGUUAGAUGUAGAUUCACGAAGCUUUUGGUUGUUGAUUCGAGACAACCCGGCUUGAGUUUUAAAUGGCCCGUGAAUCCUGAUUUUGUUUGGUUCUUGUUCUUGUCCGUGUCCUUGAUUUCCUUUUAGCCUGCUGGAUACUUGCAUCUAAACGUUAUUUCCUCUCUCUCUGUCUGUCUGUCUAUUUCAUUGUUGUUCUUUUCUCCUGCCGGGCCACAUAGUACCCAACAUUCGCUUGACCAGCCCUGUACGUACGCAGACCUCGAGGCGGACACGUUCACGCACCACAUGCACGCCAUCUAGACUAGCCGCAGUAGCACCGAACUACCAAGUUAGCACCACCUCCUUCCCCCUCGACGUCAAGCAUGUAACCCAACCCAAUUCGAUCAACGCCAGCCCCAUUGCAACGGUAACGCGCCGUUCCCCGUCCAGCA